CGGGUAUGUAAUGUAUCUCACAUGUAUUGCCUCAUUGGCGCCUCCAUCUCUCUCAAUUCUUUUACUUAAACAACCAAAAUACAUCUUCCCUUAAUUAAAACUCCACCAUUUCUUAUGCAAUCCGUUGACUUUACAACCCUUCUUUAGCCAUGCCUCACCGUACAAUUUCUAUCACCACCUUUUCAAAUUCUCCCUUCUUCACGACAUGAACAACGCCACAUUACCCUCUAACGACGGAGGAGGAGGCGGCGGUGGAGGAUUUCUGGGUGAUUCCGAUCACAACAUAGGCGGAUUUGGCUACGGAAUCGGUGUCUCAAUAGGUAUUCUGUUACUGAUCACAACCAUUACUUUAGCUUCAUACUUCUGCACCAGAACUCAUAAUAACCAGCAACAGUUCCCACGAAGAAGGAACAGAUCAGACGGUCAAGAUCAGCCGCUGCCUGAUGAUCAUAUCGUUCUUGACAUCGGACUUGAUGAGUCAACUCUGAAAAGCUACCCUAAGUUGUUAUAUUCUGAGGCGAAGCUUAAUAAAACGGACACGACGGGGAGUUGCUGUUCGAUAUGCUUGGCGGAUUAUAAGAACAGUGAUAUGCUUCGGUUAUUGCCUGAUUGUGAACAUUUGUUUCAUCUCAAGUGUGUUGAUCCGUGGCUGAGAUCGCAUCCUACGUGUCCGAUUUGUCGAACUUCUCCGUUGCCUACUCCGCUUUCGACUCCUCUUGCUGAAGUUGUUCCGUUGGCGAUCAGAAGGGAUUGAUUUAGAGGUUCUUCGGAGAGAUUUUGAUUUUAGUUUUGAUAUAAUCGACUUUAUUUUAUAUAUUUUCUUUUGUAGUUCUUGCAUUGAAAGUUUAGUUUUUGUUCAGAAAUCAAAUGUAUUUCUGAGUAAUACACAUACAUGUGCAGAUUGUUACUAGAUCGAAUCAAAUGUUAUUCAUGUUUAUGUACAUUAAAGAUUAAUUGAUGUAUUAAUAAAGAUAGUUUUAGUUUUCCUUUCAAA